AUGGAAGUAUUUGUGGACGAUUUUGUUGGAAUGGGCCAAGACCAUCCAAGCAAUCCCUUGACAAAUCAACGAGCCGUCCUCAGCCACAACAUUGACAAGGUCUUCCGACCGAAUCGACCCACCGACAAUCAGUGGCAAAAAGAGCCACAGUCACAAUCGAAAGUGGCUAAGGGAGAUGCCUCUUGGCACACAGUCAAAGAAGCCUUGGGUUGGAACUGGGGAGCGACAACAAAGACAUUGCAAUUGAAAGAGAAACGAGUGAGCAAGGCCCUGUCACUCCUGGGCGAGGUCUUGGAUUGCAAACGCAUCUCCCUGAAACGAUGGCAGCAGGUGUUAGGAGUCUUCCGAAGCCUGCAGCCAGGAAUGUCCGGCAGUGAGGGACAUUUCUCCCUGUUGCAGGAUGCACUGAUUUGA